AUGGCUCUGUCCAAAGACAAAGUGCUGGAGGCAUCCAGCAGUUCAGGCACCAACUACCGGACUGCAAGGUACCAGACUAAAGCAGCCACUGAGUUGUGGAGCCGAUACGGAGAUCGCUCGCCGCUGGAACAACAUCAAUGCGCGGUCGCUUUUCAGAUCCUGGCCGAGGAAGAGUGCGAUAUACUCGCCGAGCGGCCGAGGGAGAGGUCGCUGAGAUCCACAAGGAAGCUGCAAGAUGGCGGUUUGUUUUUAAAUGGCGCCAGCGAUUGUGACGCAGGGACAGACGGGCAGCGGCUGUGGAGACAAGAGAAACUGCGGCGGCGGCGGCGGCUGUGGGUUCACAUACACUCCCGCUCACUGAAGUUCGACUGCUCGGAGUGCGGCAAGAGCUUCACCAGCUCCAGCCACCGGCGGGUGCACAACAGUGAGCGACCCUUCACCUGUUCCGACUGCGGCAAAGCCUUCAAGUCUUCGCCGGACCUGAAGAGGCAUAGGCGCGUGCACACUGGGGAGUGGCCCUACACCUGCAGCGACUGCGGCAAGGGCUUCAUCCUCUCCAGCUACCUGGUGUCCCACCAGCACACUCACACCGGCGAGCGUCCGUACACCUGCGCCCAGUGCGGCAAGGGCUUCACCCAUUCCAGUCACCUGCUGUCCCACCAACGCAUCCACACCGGGGAACGGCCCUACACCUGCAGCGACUGCGGCAAGGGCUUCACCAAGUCCCACAGCCUGCUGGUGCACCAGCGCACCCACACCAGCGAGUGGCCCAACACCUGCGCCCAGUGCGGCAAGGGUUUCACCUCCUCUAGCAAGCUGCUGUCCCACCAGCGCACCCACACCGGGGAGCGGCCCUACACCUGCGCCCUGUGCGGCAAGAGUUUCACUCAGUCCAGCAACCUGCUGUCCCACCAGCGCACCCACACUGGCGAGCGCCCCUACACCUGCGCCCAGUGCGGCAAGGACUUCACCAGCUCCGGCACCCUGCUGGUGCACCAGCGCACCCACACCGGCGAACGCCCCUACACCUGCGCCCAGUGCGGCAACGGCUUCACCCGCUCCGGCACCCUGCUGGAUCACCAGUGCACCCACACUGGCGAGCGUCCCUACACCCGCUCCCAGUGCGGCAAGGGCUUCACUCGCUCCACCAAGCUGCUGUCCCACCAACGCCGGCGCCCGUCCUAUCCCCAGCCCGCUGCUUCAGAAGUGUCGGAGCGAAUGACGGACCCCGCGCAGCAGCAGCCACAGCAACGGCUCCAUCACUAA